AUGAUUAAUGAAUCAGAAUCAGUAAAAAGUUUGCGAAACGAGUUGUUUGUGAAACGAAAGUACGAUAAGAAUAGCCUACCAGUCAAUGAUCACAAUCAGGCCGUGAAUGUCAGCAUUUGGAUCCGUAUCCUAAAGAUUGUCGACCUUGACAUUAAGACUCAAAUACUGACACUAAAUGCAUACAUGGAUUUGUAUUGGACGGAUGAGGGCUUGCGAUGGAAUCCAUCAGACUUUGGAGGACAGACACAACUGAUAGUCUCAUCGGAUCUAAUCUGGAAACCGGACAUCGGUUUCACAAACUCACCCAACGCUUUCCGAUACGACCAACAGAUCCGGGAGUCGACGGCUAUUGUCUACUCGUCCGGUGGUGUCGAUUGGAUGCCGCAGACAAUGAUUAACACAUACUGUAUGACUGACUUAAAGAACUAUCCGUCGGACAGACAGACGUGUGAAAUAUUGGUUGAGUCGACAAAUGAAAGUCGAUUCGUUGACUUGCAAUCAUUACAUUCAAUAUAUGACCAUGGUCAACUUUCCACUUAUGUGUCCAAAAGUAAACUUAGGUUUGAAAACCAGGAGUGGAAUGUUGUCAAUGUUGAAUCUAAAUCAGAGUAG